CUCCACUUGUGAAAGUUAUUUGCUUACGAAAAAUAGAGGUGAACUCAUUGAGCGGGUGUGAUUAAAAUGAAGUGUGUUAUUCCUGGUGCAAACGUGAAAAUUUUUGGAAGAGCAAUUCAUUGUCUGGCAAGGAUCGGUGACGAACUCUACAUAGAACCACUAGAAGAAGGGCUUGCAUUGCGAACAGUUAAUACCUCUCGUUCAGCAUACGCUUGCUUCAUCUUCUCACCAAAUUUCUUUAGUGAAUAUAAUGAUGGGUGUGGACAAUACCAGUCAAACUCAGGAGAUGAUGAUGCUUUCAGGUGUAGAAUAACAAUGAAGUCUUGUUUGGCAGUGUUCAAGUCAUUAAGUAGUAUUGAGAAAAGUGUUGAACGAUGUAAAAUAGAGCUUUCCAUACAAGAGGCCAGGAUGGUCUUUCAGUUGUAUUGUAAACAUGGAAUUGUUAAGACAUACAACCUUACCUACCAGGAAACAGAAACAUUACAAGCUGUAUUUUCUAAAGAUUUAUGUCCAAAUAAAAUAGUAGCAAAUUCUAGAAUUUUAAGUGAUACAGUGUCAAAUUUUCAAACGUCGCUUGAAGAAGUUUCGUUGAAUGUCACCCCAGAAGUGAUCAGCUUCAAGAAUUAUGUGGAUGACGAACCAGAUCCUAGCAAAGUUAUGCACACGGAAAUGAGUUUAAACCCAGAAGAGUUCCAGAAUUACUGUAUUGGUGUAGACACUGAGGUGACAUUCUGUUUAAAAGAACUUAGGGCUAUUCUUUCAUUCUCUGAUGCUACAAGCCUUCCUCUAUCAAUCCAUUUUGAAACCACUGGCAAACCCAUAGUUUUCUGUAUAGAAAGUGAAGAGGUGGUGGAUGCAAGUUUUGUGUUGGCAACCCUUGCUGAUCCAGUCCCAUCACAGAGUUCACAAUCCUACGGAUCACAGCUUCAGUCCAGUGGACGAGUCAGUACAGCCAAAAGUCUCAGUAAAGUGAAUAGAAGCAAGGGACAAUAUUCAGUUAAAAGGAAUAGAGGUGAUGCUGGGACAUCAACAGGGAAUAAAUCAAGGCAUAAUAACCUGGCUACUUGUGAUGCUAGUUUUCCUGACGAUGACUUACUACACCUAACGACUCACCAUGCAGGAGAAAGUACAUCAAAUUGGCAAGCUGAGUCCAGACCUAUUGAUGAUAUUCCUGGAAGUCCUGUGAUACCUCUAACUGUUGUCCCAUCACAUUCAACAAGGGAACAAGACAAGGAACACAGCAACCCAAAAAAUGGAGAUGGAGCAGAUAGCGAGGAAGAUGAAAUAAUACCUGGAACACCUCCUAGUAAGAAGUUCAAGUCAUUGUUCUUUGGUUCAUCACAAGUCUCCCAGUCUACUAACCAAGCGAGUUCACAGCCCCCUCCUGUGGUGCUUGCCGCGGACACUGACGAUGAAGAUUCAGAUUAAAGAUACCAAGUCGUAAACAUUUUAGCAGGGGGGUUUAACAAUAUUCCAAGCACUGCCAAGGGUAACCAUUCAUUUCACUGGGUUGUGUGGGAUAACAGUAAUCGCUUUACUGAAGUUAUUCUGGAGACCGAGGUCAGAAAAUGUUGGGAUUUUUUGUUCUUUAGAUAUCUUUUUUAAAAACUUGAUUGCCAGUCUAGGACCAGAAAUCCCAAAAAAUAAUAAUAACGUGAAAGCAGGAUAUCUGAAAUAUUUAAAAUCAUAUUUUUAAAAAUUGUUAUAUUGUUUGGAGGAUACUCUAAAUAUUGUUGGUCCUCCUGACAAUGUCAGGAGCUUUGGAAUAUAUGCUAAGUUUAGGCAAUAAAAACGAUAUUUUAAAAAGAAUGCUAAAAAAAAUAAUUUAAUUACUAUUUUAGGGGCUUGUGGAAUUGAAUGAAAUAAAUAAUAAACAUAUUUAUGUCAUUGAGGCAGUCCCAUGAAGUCACAUGAUCAAUUUGAUAAGCCCAUAUUCAUCACGAUAUUGCCACUCAGAUCUCUUGCAGCAUGAAGGCUUACUUAUAUCUUCACUUGUCCACUGUGUUUUAGAAUAUUCUGCCAUGGAGGAAGGAAUUCACAAUAUGUGUGGUUAAUUCUUAUAGCCAUUUACAAGCAAAAAAAUUGUCAAUCUAUUGUACUGUACAUAUUUAUUAUUUUAGAUUUCUAAUAAAUUAUAUCUUAUGAAUUGAUAA